UUUGGUUCCACUUCCUGUAUGUGUUUUAUUUACUAGAAGAAAAACAGAGUGUGACUGCGUGAAAGGGUUCGUGCGUUUCUUCUUCCAAAGCCUUUCAUGGAUUUCGCGGCACUCUCUAACGCUACACAACUUGGGAGCCUCAACCCCUUCAGAGCCAACCUUCAAAGUUCAACGCAACACCCUCUUCCUUUUCGGUAUGCUUCUUUCCCUUCUUCCUCUCUCAGAGGUUGUUCCUGCAAAGCCGUUCUCAGCACCCACACACCCACUUCUACUCACAACAUGUUUGGACCCCAUUCCGCUGAUUUUGAGCUCUCUGCUUUGACGGCUUUGUCUCCAUUGGAUGGUCGUUAUUGGGGCAAAGUUAAGGAAUUGGCUCCUUUUUUGAGUGAAUAUGGUUUAAUCUACUUUCGGGUUUUUGUUGAGAUAAAAUGGCUGCUGCAGCUGUCCCAGAUUCCUGAAAUUGUUGAGGUUCCCAGCUUCAGUGAAGGUGCUAAAUCUUUCUUACAAGGCCUUAUUGAUGACUUCAGUGUUGAGGAUGCCUUGGAGGUUAAAAAAAUUGAGAGGGUCACUAAUCAUGAUGUGAAAGCGGUGGAGUACUUCUUGAAACAGAAAUGCCAAUCCAAUGCUGAAGUGGCUAAGGUGCUUGAGUUUUUCCACUUUGCUUGCACAUCUGAGGACAUAAAUAAUCUUGCACAUGCCUUGAUGCUGAAGGAAACAAUGGAUUCUGUCAUGUUUCCUGUCAUGGAUAAAAUAAUCAAGGCUCUGUGUGACAUGGCUAAAGAUAAUGCGCAUAUUUCAAUGCUUUCUCGCACUCAUGGACAGCCAGCUUCGCCGACUACUUUGGGAAAGGAAAUGGCGAUAUUUGCUGUAAGAUUAAGCAGAGAAAGGAAGGAUCUGUCUCAGGUUGAUAUAUUGGGGAAAUUUGCUGGUGCGGUUGGAAAUUACAAUGCACAUGUUGUUGCAUAUCCAGAUGUUAACUGGCCUCACAUUGCAGAACAGUUUGUACAAUCACUUGGAUUAAGUUUUAAUCCUUACGUUGCUCAGAUUGAAACUCACGACUACAUGGCAAAGCUUUUCCAUUCGCUCAUCCAGUUCAAUAAUAUUUUAAUUGACUUUGAUAGAGAUGUAUGGGGCUACAUAUCUUUGGGUUACUUUAAGCAGAUCACUAAGGCUGGGGAGAUUGGGUCGUCAACUAUGCCCCACAAAGUUAAUCCUAUUGAUUUUGAGAACAGUGAAGGUAAUCUAGGUGUAGCUAAUGGUGGUCUGUCUCAUCUAAGCAUGAAGUUACCGAUUUCACGUUGGCAGAGGGACUUGACUGAUUCAACUGUCUUAAGGAACAUGGGUGUAGGUAUAGGUCAUUCUCUUCUUGCUUACAAAAGCACACUUCAAGGAAUAAGCAAGCUUCAGGUUAAUGAAGCUCGCUUGAGUGAAGACUUGAACCAGUGCUGGGAGGUGCUUGCUGAACCAAUACAGACUGUUAUGCGAAGAUAUGGAGUUCCCGAGCCUUAUGAGAAGUUAAAAGAACUAACCAGAGGGAGAACAGUUAACAAAGAGAGCAUAAGAGACUUCAUUGAAGGCUUAGAUAUUCCAGAAGAAGCAAAGAUGAAUCUGUUGAAGUUAACACCUGAUACUUAUGUCGGAGCAGCUGUUGAAUUGGCCAGAACAGUGGACAAUGCCGUGAAUAUUGUGAAUGGAAUGAAUGUCUAGACAACAAGUGCUUGAAACAGUUUUCUCGAGAUUGUUAAUGAGACUAUUGUCAAGCCAAUUUUGCAUCCUCACCAUCAUUUGACCAAAAUGGUCGUUAGUUGAUAUAUGAACUUUUAAAUAAGAUGUUCCAUUUGGGAAAAAAGAAAAAGGACAUGAUAAUCCCUGAUUACAAACAACGAUUUUGAUAUAGAAUGGUGUCAAGGAUUUUGUAACAUAGAAAAACUGUACCGUACGAAUUUGAAGUGCCAGACCUGAACAAUAAAAUAGGUCUGAUGAAGCAUAAAGUACGCGUCAAAUUUAAACCUUUAAUUCAGUUUUGCC